UGUGCCCUGACGACGCUUGUGAAUCAGCUGAAAGAUUCUAUCUUGGUAUUGAAAACGAGUAGGAAAUUGAGUGGUUUCUCCAAGGCUCUCUAGACAGUCAAUCAACUCCAUCAAUGUCAUAUUGGCCACUGCAGCUGGAGAUGUUCUAUGCUCAGUGGUUUUAUCGCCCAUUGUUCAAAGUGAAUAUCUAGAGCCAGUAACUAGCCCCUCACAAACAUCCGCAUACAGUACGUUGCAGACUGAUUGCCUACAAUGAGCAUAGUCAUAUAAUAGCCACAGAGAUCUAACAUAAUAAAUGCAAUUAAGAUGUCUAGACAAGAUACAGCUAGAUAGCAUCUGAUCAAAGAAAGGCUUCACUCUAAUUUCCAUCCAGCUUACCCUACUAGUAAGAGAUGAGGAUUCAUGUCUAGAAAGCAGCAGACAACCUAAUUGAUAUAGAUAGGCAUCUUUACAUCAUUGAAUCACCAUGAAUAGAUCACACUUAGCUGAGCAAGAUUGUUAGGUUUGUAGACAACGUCUAGUUAGGUGUCGAACAAUUUGUGCUCUGUAGUUAGGUUUUUGGGAGUUGAUCUCACAUGAAGUUCACCAGUCAUGCUUCUAUGUCCUUGUUUCUUCAAUGACACUAACAUUCAGCACAGAUGGUCAUUAUGCCAUGUGUUUGCGAGAUAGAAAGGAAUCCUACGUGUUCAAAUUUGUAGGGUAAUCUUAUUAGUCGAUAACAUCUGACCUGCCAGCACUGCCUUUGUCACGUUAUCAGUAGAUACGUGGACUGAUAGCUUCAGGUAGCCUCCCACGCAGAAACAAUAUAGGGUAAGUGCAUCCUUACCAAACUGAGCUAUGUCAUGCUGCCAGCUCCACAGGCAUUGAUUCCGUUCUGCUAGAUUCUAUAGAUGGCGGAGCAUCAUGAGUGGUAUUGUCUUGGAAAAGGGUUUGACUUGUCUCUAGAUCAGAUUUUGUCCACAAACACCACCGAUAUCAAUGCCAGAGAAAUUCUCCUGAAUCCAAUGCCUCAACUGAUGAAGAGUAUCAAACCUGACUCUAAAUAUUCAAAAAAGACAGCAGAAACGACUAGACAACAAACACAGCAACAGGAACUGAAUACAAGAGGUAGUGCCAGUGCUUUCAAAAUACCUGUCGAACUACAUUUUGGAAUACAUCAGAAAACAACAAGCACUGGUUUCGAAGCAGUAUGGUAUGAGACUGAACAAGUUCAUACUCGUACUCUUUAUUUUCAUCCCUAUCUUAUUAAUACCAUCCCAAGAGCUCUAGCAAACUCAGACCUCACCACAGCUACUGAGGCCAGUAGGAUAACCCUUGCUCCAAGCCUGGAAUGUUUGCGUGAAGCAAAUUAUUUGAGUGAGAACCUAAACAAAAUUGCUAAAGACAAAAAGGUGAUGGAAGAUGGAAGUCUGAUUGAAAAAAUAGAAGUUUGUCGACAACUGUUGAUGUCUCCUAGAGUAGACAAAGCUACUCAUUUUGUGUCUUCUGUUCAUCUUGGAGCCAAGAUCGUUAGUUACUCUAUUAAGCAGACUGGAAAAACGACCAAUGAGACAGAUGUAAAUUCAAAAGUUAAAGUGGCAGCAGCAGAAUCGUCAGUUGAUUGGAAAAAGAAAUCUGAUUCUACAUUCACAGACACUGUCAGAGGUAAAUUUGAAAUAAGAGAUACCUCAGUACAAAUGAAAGGUGGUGACACAGAGAUCAGUCGUGAUCAAGAGAAGGUCAUUGGGGUUAAAUUCUCUCCCAUCAGUAACCUUGUCGGUGAUAUGUGGAAAGAUGCUCUAGAGAUGGCAUGCCGAUUUCAAUUUGAACAACUGGAAGGUAAACGUGUUCCGUGCUUUUUGAAGACCAGUGAAUUUUGGCUAACAGUAACAGGACAAGAUCGCAUUGUUGCUACAAAAAUUCCAGUAAAGGAAAGUUGUUUCUACAUUAAUCAACGGCAAACAGGCAGCAACCCAACAUUCAGCAUUGAAUACAAAACAGUCUCUGAAGACAAAUGGCAGUGCAUCUCUCUACCUGACAAAAGAGACGCAGAAGUACAUCUGACUCAAGCUGAAGACAAGUCUAUUGAAUUUACCCUAAUUAAUGCAGACAAUGAACAAAGUGCUACAGACAUGUUGGAGUGGCUUGAGGGUCAAACACCUUUUCUCAUUGGGCAAAAAAAGGGUUUCUGGAUGUGGAAGACUGACAUCUAUCUGUCUGUCCAACACAACAAACCUAUAGCAAAAAAGGAGAAGUAUAAGGUAACGUGUUGUUCACAAGAAACAUUAACUGAACACCACAUGUCAUUUUAUGUCUACAGUUGUGUAGCAAAGAAACAUUGACAAGUCAAUUUCCAUAGUGAAACAGUAACCAGUAAAUUGCAGUAAUUAAUGAAUAAAAAUUAUAUAUGUCUAAGAUAAUA